GGGAGUAGUGGUGUACCGUUGGUCGUAGCAGGUGAAGCUGAGCAGACUACGCUGCGAGCGGCGCCUGUGAAGCGAUUCCUGUGGUCGUCAAAUUCAUACUCUGCCCUGCUAAGGGCGGACUUUUCUGUGAGAGUCAUCAUGAUGAACAGCUCUUCUGCAGUACAAGAAAUAAUGGCUCCUAGAUUGCUGUUAGUGACAUGACAUGACUUGCUAAUGAAGAGAUCAGGAUUUCAGUUUGUUAAAAUGAGCAGUCGUAAAUCAAAGAGUAACAACUUAAUACAUGCAGAGUACCUGUCACAGGUACAAAGAAUUUUACGGGAAAGAUUUUGUCAUCAGAGCCCACAUAGUAACUUAUUUGGAGUACAAGUACAAUACAAACACUUAAUUGAGCUGCUGAAAAGAACUGCUAUCCAUGGAGAAAGUAACUCUGUUCUCAUUAUUGGACCCCGAGGAUCAGGAAAGACCAUGUUAAUAAACCAUGCUUUGAAAGAACUAAUGGAAGCAGAAGAAGUGAGUGAAAAUGUAUUACAAGUUCACCUAAAUGGACUACUGCAGAUCAAUGAUAAAAUUGCCCUAAAGGAAAUCACAAGGCAGUUAAAUCUGGAAAAUGUAGUUGGAGAUAAAGUUUUUGGAAGUUUUGCUGAAAACCUUUCAUUUCUUCUGGAAGCUUUAAAAAAAGGUGACCGGUCUAGUAGUUGCCCAGUGAUCUUCGUAUUAGAUGAAUUUGAUCUUUUUGCUCAUCAUAAAAACCAAACACUGCUCUAUAAUCUGUUUGACAUUUCUCAGUCUGCACAGACUCCACUAGCAGUUAUUGGUCUUACAUGUAGAUUGGAUAUUUUGGAACUCUUAGAAAAAAGAGUGAAGUCACGAUUUUCUCACCGGCAGAUACAUUUAAUGAAUUCAUUUGGUUUUCCACAGUAUCUUAAAAUAUUUAAAGAACAAUUAUCUCUACCUGCAGAAUUUCCAGACAAGAUCUUCACUGAGAAGUGGAAUGAGAAUAUUCAGUGUCUCACAGAAGAUAGAAGUGUGCGGGAAGUACUUCAAAAGCAUUUCAAUGUCAGCAAAAACCUGCGGUCAUUACACAUGCUAUUGAUGCUUGCUUUAAAUCGUGUAACAACAUCACACCCAUUUAUGACUGCAGCAGAUGUGAUGGAGGCAAACCAUUUGUGUAGCAUGGACUCUAAAGCAAUUAUUGUACAUGUAGGUCUGUCAGUCUUGGAAAUCUGUCUUAUAAUAGCAAUGAAUCAUUUAAAUGACAUCUAUGAAGAGGAGCCCUUUAACUUCCAAAUGGUCUAUAAUGAGUUUCAGAAGUUUGUUCAAAGGAAGGCCCAUUGUUAUAAUUUUGAGAAACCUGUUGUCAUGAAGGCUUUUGAACACUUACAACAGUUAGAAUUAAUAAGGCCCAUGGAAAGGACUUCGGUAAAUACACAGAGAGAGUACCAGCUGAUGAAACUACUUUUGGAUAAUACUCAAAUUAUGAAUGCUUUGCAGAAAUACCCCAACUGUCCUACAGAUGUUAGGCAGUGGGCAACAUCCUCACUAAGCUGGUUAUGAAUAUAACCAGUGGCUUCAGUUAAUGGAGUUUCAGGCAUUCUUCUGUAAGGAACUCAAGGCUAUUGUCCUUUAGCAAGAUAUAUUAUUACAUUUUCUUAUAUUUAUAAAUCUGUAUUUUUGUAUUUAUGGGGACUGUUACACAUGUAGUUGUCUUGACUGUGUUCUUGCCUUUGAAUCAUGAGCAGUUACAUGAUUUAUAAUUCCAGUGAUUUGGAUUAUGUUGUAAGUAGCAGUGCAAAGAAAUAAAUGUGACUGUUUCAGGGAGUGAACCAUAUGCUUAUUUAACACUUGUCAAGUAUUUAUGCGGUAUAUUUGAAGAGUUCGUUUCAACCCAGCAGCCAAGUGUUUUUACAAAUCCUAAAAGCAGUAAAGAAACAAUGGUAAGAGUUGAGGUGUACUGAGGAAUCUUUUGGUCACUGGGAGGUGCCACAUUUUCUUUUCUCUAUCCAUGGAAAUUUUGGAUUCUACCCCAGGACCCAGGUCUUCUGGUUCAGGAGACUGACCAGUUUGGCAGAAGAUAGUUCACAUGGAAGAAAAAAGUGAAAAGUUUGAACAUGAAUUUCUUCCAGGCUUCUCAAAAGAUGGUACUUAAUCAUAUCAUCUACAAAAGAAUCCCUUGUAGAAUUUUUUAAAAGCAAAUUCUUCCCAGUUUCAUUAAAGAUGUCCAUGAAAUGUUUAAAAAAAAAAAAAAUUCUUGGGCCUCUCCUAGGCCCCAAAGGAUCAGAAUUUGUUUUUAACAGGGAGUUUAGGAAAUGCCUGGAAACCAUUCCCACAAUUAAUGGGAAGUGUUUGGCACUAUUGACUAAAUUUAUUUGUAUCAAAAAGUAAAUCUCUAAAGGGAAUGUAGAAAUGCUCACCUUAUAAAUUCAGGAGUCCAAGAACUAAUUCCAGGUAUCUGUUUAGAAUGAAAUUUAAUAAGCAUUUGCCAAGUGUGUAGUGACUUCAUUUAUUCAAGAAUAUUUGAUUACAUACUGUUUUCAAAAGGCAGUCUCCAUCCUCGUGUUGUUCAUAAUCCUUUUAACUACCAAACGCCCUGUGAUAUUCAGGGACUAUUUACAGUUGAGAAAACUAACAUUGUAGUGGCAAGUGUUCAAAAUCACACAGGAAGAGAAUGAUUGACAGACCCUGGAAUUCAACUCAGGUUUGACUGACACCAAAGCCCCACUAUCAAGAACUAAAAUUCAUUAACUGGUUCUCGUCACGUAUUUUUAAGUAUGCUCUAAGAAGUGAUUUAUCUGGUUUUCAGAAGUAUCAGGUAUAGAUUGGACUGUAAAUAUUUCUGUGUGAAAAAAAAAAAAUCUUCAGUUCAACCUAUUUUUUUGCAGACGUAGCUGUUCCUUCCCCUGCCUUCUAAGUCUUCAGAUCACUGUCAUUUACUUUUCAGCAGUGUCUCAGUAAAGGUAAGGCUUACAUACUGGUUCUGUGCAAUAGUCUACAGAUUUUUAGGGGAUAUUUUGCCAAAAUACUUAGCAUUGGUAGCAUCACUGCUACUGGAAGCAGGAUUUUACACUUGAGCUAGAGUUUUCCCUUUAAGAAAAUUUUCUGAACUAUUUUAGGGAAGUAUUAUCUGCCUUAAUGGCAGUCACUGUGAACGCAUCUAAACAACUUUAUUUCAGACUGCAAAUUAUUAGCUUAAGAUGCCACUAAAAGGCUGAAAGCUCUCAUGUGCCUUCCUGGUUACAGAAGACCUGCAGAAGAUCCACCAACACCCAGUAUACAGAUUAGAAAACUGUAAGUCGCAGGGUGAGUUUUCAUUUUCAGUGAAACAAUUCUUAACGCAAAUUAGAGAAAAGGUUAGCAAAACAGGUGAGGAAGAGUGUUAGAGGUUUCAGUGCAGUUUUGACUCACAUGACCUUUCCAAGUACCCUAUCCCAAACAGGAUCUUCUUCAAAACAAAACACAAACACCUCCAGUUCAUGUGGUGAAUGGCUCUGAGGAAUUGAAACUUGCUGGUCCAAACAUACCAUAUCCUAAUGCUAUGUAUGUUGAGUAUAUACUAUGUAUUAACUUUCAAAAAAUCAGUUUAGCAGAACAUGCUGUGGAAACAAUUUCAGUCUUUCGGUAGCAAUUCAGUGCACAUUCCAUCCUAGUUUGCGUUUUCACUUGGUUUAGAAGGCAGUGCGGGUUGAGAAUCCAUUGGUGUGAACGACGACACAGUGCUCCCGUGGGGUUUUCCAUCCCUUCUUUUGAAAGCCACACGAUAAACAAAAGCCUUGGCAACAUUAAAAAUGUAAUGAAAGCUAGCUUCCUUGAUGAUUACUCUUACUGAUUACCCUAAGUGAAAAUACCAGAAUGUUCCAUUCAGUCAGUAAACUAGUUAAUAUCCUUUAGGAAGAGUGGUUUGUAUAUUGAUGACAAUUUCCUAAGCCACGUUUUUCUGUUUCCAUAUGAAAAGACAAGGUACCUAAUGCCUGCUAGCCUCUGGUUUCCUAAACUGGCGGGACUAAUGUACAUACCUUGUGGGGAAUACAAUCUGCUUAGACGGUAAAGGGGGGAA